AUGCAUGCUCGGACAUCCGAUGCCUACUCCUGGACACAGGAAAACGGUCUCCAGAAAGGCGGAUUCGAGUGCCAGGGUGCCAUAGCACCAUCUACAAAGAUCAAGGUUCCUGGAGGCUUUGUGUACGAUGUGGUUGUAAUCGGAGGUGAAAUGCAGGGCUACCAUUCCGUACUUCUGCUUGAGGGCCGAGACAAAAUUGGAGGACGCACCUUCAGCGUCGAUUCGAAUGGCUUCAAGUACGAAAUGGGAGGCACUUGGGUGUCACAUUAUCAACCUCACACUUUUUCAGAAUUGAGAAGGUAUAACCUGGAUAAGGAUUUAGUUGCCACAAGGCAGCCAGGUUAUGAGAAUGACUACUACACUCUCAAUCUUCAAGGAGAACCCUCAAGAAAACUAUCGCAUAAAGAAGCCUCUCAGAUUUUCACCGAAGCCUGGAACAAGUUCAUCAAUGUGGAUGGCCACUUGUGCCGUAAAAUCUGCCCGUUGCCCUACCAACAACUGGGAAACAUCAUGGUUGAUCGACAGGAAGUAAAAAAAGUAGACCAACUGUCUUCUUGGGACCGGUAUGAGGAAAUCAAACAUAAACUAUCGCCUGAGGGAUCCGGCAUGCUUCUCUCUCAGCUUCUCAUGAUUUCCGGUGGUGAUCUAAAAAAUUCCAGUCUGUGGGACAUGAUCCGAAGCCAGGCCUUGGGAGGGCAUGACAUCUCCAACUUUGAAGACAUAUUUGAUGAAGCCGUCCAGACAGGCUUGGAUUACUCCUUCAAGGCCGCAGUCACGAGCGUAAGUAACUCCCGCCAAAAUGGUCAGCAGCUUGUCGAGGUAGGAACACAAGACGGCCGCACAUUUCCAGCCCGUCGAGUCAUUUGUACUGUCCCACUCAAUGUGCUCAAGCACAUUAAAUUCAGCCCUCCAUUAUCUGCAAAACGCCGUGAAGCAGUUGACCAGGGUCAUAUCUAUUUUAUGACCAAAAUACACGCCGAAGUCAAGGGCUCUGGACUUGCCUCAUGGCAAGGUACUGCCUACCCCAGCCCCCUACUUUUCGGUUUUGGUGACGGCUUGACUCCUCAGGGCAAUACCCAUAUUACUGCUUUUGGCGGAGAUGAGAGACCUCAUUUCCUGCCUGAACGGGACGUUGAUAAGAUUUGUGAAGCCCUUCAGGCCCUUCAUCCCAUGGAUAUCCAGAGAUUGGUAUUCCACAACUGGAACACAGACCCCUUCUCGCAAGCCGGCCCAUGUUGGUGGCCACCCGAGUUCAUGAGCAAGUAUCAAGAUGAACUACAAAGUCGGCAUGGGAAUGUAUUCUUUGCCUCAGCAGAUUGGGCGGAUGGCUGGCGAGCAUUCAUCGAUGGGGCUAUUGAGCAAGGAAGAAAGAAUGCACAGGAAGUUGCCGUAGAGCUUCGGGCUAUGAAGCAUCAGCAGAGUGUUCUGUAG